AUGGCACACCGUUUUGAUCGUGUUCCCGAAUCUGACAACGAUUCUCUCAGCGACUCCAAUGAAUCCAACGACGGUACAUUCUACGGCUCCUCAGACAAUACUAUGCCCCCCGAGGGAAUUUCUAUCCCAUCCCCAUAUUUUGUCAGAAAGCUUCACGAGAUGGGUCUCAAGUAUUUUGGCCAUAGAGAAACUGCUUGCGCUGAAUUACAGAUCAGAGCCCUUGGUCGACCAGACAGCGCGCCCCAAUCAUUCUAUGUCCAUCGCGAAUAUUUGACUUCCCAGUCGCAGUAUUUCGUCAGAUUAUUCAAUCGCGUUGAAGAAGCGAAUUCGGUUAUCCCCAUCGAGAUCCCGUCGCCAGAAACCUUCGAGCCGUUAUUAGAAUAUUUAUACACCGGCGAUGGUGACAAGUGGUAUGAUACGAUAACCUUGGAAAACUAUGAUGGGGUGUAUCAUAACAUCCGAUAUCUUGGGCUAGGAAUAGCCGCCAUGAACAUCUGGCUAGAUUUCUACAAGACACAGGUUGAAGAAAUGUGA